UCUGUCCGGCUGCCCCAUCGCUGCCGCAGAGAAGAUGGCAAAGGUCCACGAGAAGAGUCACACGCCUGACAGCGGCCCGAAGAGCAAUCAGACAUCGGACCGUGUCCUCAGGCCCAUGUGCUUCGUCAAGCAGCUGGAGAUUCCACAGUACGGCUACAAAAACAACGUCCCGACCAGCACGCCACGGUCCAACCUGGCCAAGGAGCUGGAGAAAUACUCCAAGACCAGCUACGACUACGGCGGCUACGACAGCCAGCACGGCGGCUACGGGAAGAGAGGCCCGACAACCAAGUCCCACCACGGGCGAGACACCUCCCCGAAGGGAUACGAUGCUAAACGCUACUGUAAGACGUCGAGCCCGGCGAGCAGCACGACCAGCAGCUACGCACCGAGCAGCAGCAGCAGCCUGAGCUGCGGCGGAGGAGGAGGCGGAGGAGGAGGAGGUGCCGGAGGGGGCGGAGGAGGAAGCAGCGCCAGCAGCACCUGCAGCAAGAGCAGCUUCGACUACACCCACGACAUGGAGGCGGCCCACAUGGCGGCCACGGCCAUCCUCAACCUGUCCACGAGGUGCCGCGAGCUGCCGCACGUGCUGGCAGGGAAACAGCAGGACCUGUUGACGCAGAGUCCGGUGGAUGAUCUGGACGACAGCGGUGCAGUGGACGUGGGCGGUCAGCCCGGCGGCCCCGAGGGCAGCGGGACGGUGUUGACCCCCCUGGAGCCGAUGUCGCCCCAGCGGCAGGCGCUGCUCAGCAGCCGCUGCUACCAGCUGAGCGAGGCCGACUGCUGGGACCUGCCCGUCGACUACACCAAGAUCAAACGACUGGGAGACGAGCAGGAUCACAAAGAGUCGGCCUUUUUCUCGUCCCUGCACCAGGGCGACGAGCUGGACCCCUUCCAGGAGCUGCUGGACGAGCAGCGCUACCCGACCGAGGUGACCAUGCCCAGCCCCAAGCACCACAAAUACCCGCCCUGCAAGGAGAGCAAGAAGGAGCUCAUCACGUUGUCGAGCUGUCAGCUGGCCGACAAGAACAUCCGCGGGAUGAUGACGACCAACUCGCAGGAGCUCAG